AUGGAGCAUCUGUCAUUCAUCCCCAAUCCAACAUACCCUUCCACUUCACAAAUGCAACCAGAAGAAGAUAUCUUUGAAACCUGGUCUGAUGACGAUGCGACACCCACAGGCACACUCGGUGAUGGUGUUGAUACUUCUACCCCUAGUACUGAGGAGGAACAAGUUAAUCCUUUUCAGAGGAAAAAACGACCAAAGACAUCAUCGGUUUGGAAUGAAUUUAAAGAGGUAGUUCUAUCAGAUGGUUCUACAAAGGGAGAGUGUAUUCAUUGUAAGGCAAAGCUUGCAAUAACGGAGACCAAGAUCACAAUUCAGUUUGCAAGACAUUUGAAAUCAUGUUUGAAGCGAAUAGGUAGUCAGAUGCAAACACAGUUGUUUUUUCGGCCACCCAGUUCAACGGAUGAUAUCUCAAUGCGAUCUGCACUUGCAUUUUCAGAUGCCAAGUUUGAUAUGAAUUUGAUGCGGGAACUAGCUGCAAACUGGGUGCUCAUGCAUGAGCAUUCAUUUACAGUUGUGGAGGAGGAGGGUUUUAACAUGAUGCAAAAAUGUGGUAUGCCACUAUGGGAGAAUAUAACGCGUACUGCUUUGAAACAACAUUAUAUGACUGUAUAUGAGAUACAAAAGAAGAAGUUGGUUAAUCAGAAGCUUGAGUACAUGGUUGUCACUGGACAUGUUAUUGAUAAUGAUUGGAAGUUGCAGAAGCGUGUGCUCAAUUUUGUUCAUAUACCGGCUCCUCGACCUGGUGUUGAGAUUGCUGCUACUAUUCAUAAGUGUUUAAUUGAAUGGGGAAUUGAGAACAAGGUGUUCAGUAUCUCAGUUGACAAUGCUUCAAGUAAUGACGCGACAAUCAAGAUUUUGAAGUACAAUUUGGGAAGAAACAAGAAGCUACUGUGUGGUGGGAAGUUGUUUCAUGUGCGGUGCGCGGCACACAUAUUGAAUCUCAUGUUACCCAAACGGAAACUCAUACUUGAUUGCAAAACGAGGUGGAAUUCUACUUAUCAGAUGUUGAAACUUGCAAUUGAUUACAGAGAUGUGUUUCCAAUGUUAGUUCAGUUGGAUAAUAACUUUACCUUUGCCCUAAAAGAUGAAGAUUGGGAAAAUCUAAAGAAAGUGUGUGAGAUUUUGGAAGCAUUCAACUCGGCAACUAAUGUCAUAUCGGGGAGUGAGUACCCCACUUCUAACUUAUUUUUGCAAGAAAUUGUUGACAUAAAAGAGUUGCUAGAUGAAAAGUGUUCUGAUGAUGAUGAUUUCAUUCGGUCAAUGGUGGGAAAGAUGAAAGAAAAGUUUGACAAGUACUGGGGGGAAUGCAAUUUCGUAAUGGCAAUUGCAGCUGUAUUGGUUCCGAGGAUGAAAAUGAGGAUGUUGGAAUUUGCCUACCCACAAAUGUAUCCUAAUGAAGAAGCACAAGCCAAAAUGGAUGAAGUGCAAGAUGCCUUGUAUGAGCUUUAUGAGGAAUAUGCAGCGAAAACUCAAUCUGCCAAUAGUGAACCACCUGUGCAAAUCAGUCAAGUUCAACGAGACAAUGUACAACGCCCUAAACAUUCUAGUUCACGGUUCUGUCAAUUUGUUAGGACAACUGAAACGAUGCAACAUGAGAAAUCUGAGUUAGAUCGUUAUCUAGAGGAGAAAUGUUUGUCAUGGGACGAGGAUAAUACCUCAUUUGAUGCGUUACAGUGGUGGAAGGUAAAUCAAACGAACUAUCGCAUUCUAUCUAAGAUGGCUCGUGAAAUACUUGCUAUUCCAAACAUCACGGUUGCUUCAAAGGCAACUUUCAGUGCGGGGAGUCGAGUUAUUAACACUUAUCGAUCAUCGUUGUCUCUCGAUACCUUGCAAAUGCUACUCUGUGGUGGUGAUUGGUGUCGCAAUCUCUAUGGAUUCAAGAAAAGUUACAAAUACAACUAA